GCCGCUCGGGAUGUUCCCGGGCACUUCCUGACUGGUUGGCAGCGCGCACACGGCCCGACUCGCACGUCCCCGGCCCCCUUGUCGCUCGCUCGCUCGCUCGCUCACGCGGGCCCGCUCUGCGUUGGCCGCGCCGCGGUGGAGGCGCGCGAGGGGGACGCGGCCGGGGAUGAGCUGAUUGCGGGUAAAUACGCCGCCGCCUGGCCCCGAGAGGCCGCGAGGAGCCGCUUUUCUCCGAGUCGCCGCCCUGCCCUUGGAUUUGAGAUCAUGUCCAUUCACAUCGUGGCGCUGGGGAACGAGGGGGACGCGUUUCACCAGGACAAUCGGCCGUCGGGGCUUAUCCGCACUUACCUGGGGAGAAGCCCGCUGGUCUCGGGGGACGAAAGCAGCUUGUUGCUGAAUGCGACCAGCACGGUCGCACGGCCGGUGUUCACCGAGUAUCAGGCCAGCGCGUUUGGAAAUGUCAAGCUGGUGGUCCACGACUGUCCCGUCUGGGACAUUUUUGACAGUGAUUGGUAUACCUCUAGAAACCUAAUCGGGAGCGCCGACAUCAUUGUCAUCAAAUACAACGUAAAUGACAAGUUCUCAUUCCACGAAGUAAAGGAUAAUUAUAUUCCGGUGAUAAAAAGGGCAUUAAAUUCAGUUCCAGUAAUCAUUGCUGCUGUUGGUACCAGACAAAAUGGUAACUUUUUGCUUUUAAACCUUGCAGGUACAACGGUGCCAGCCCACAGGGCCAUCCUGGUGGCCCGUUGUGAAGUGAUGGCAGCCAUGUUUAAUGGGAAUUACAUGGAAGCAAAGAGUGUUCUGAUUCCAGUUUAUGGUGUUUCCAAAGAGACUUUCUUGUCAUUCUUAGAAUACCUAUACACAGACUCCUGUUGCCCAGCGGGCAUUUUCCAGGCUAUGUGUCUUCUGAUCUGUGCUGAGAUGUAUCAGGUGUCCAGACUGCAGCACAUCUGUGAGCUGUUCAUCAUCACGCAGCUGCAGAGCAUGCCGAGCAGGGAGUUGGCAUCUAUGAACCUGGAUAUAGUUGACCUGCUCAAAAAAGCCAAGUUUCACCACUCCGAUUGCCUUUCAACCUGGCUACUUCAUUUCAUUGCCACUAACUACCUCAUCUUCAGCCAAAAGCCUGAAUUUCAGGAUCUUUCAGUGGAAGAACGCAGUUUUGUUGAAAAGCACAGAUGGCCAUCGAAUAUGUACUUGAAGCAGCUUGCGGAAUACAGGAAGUAUAUUCACUCCCGGAAAUGUCGUUGCUUAGUAAUGUAACCCAGAGCUUUUAUAUGCAUAUGCUUUUUAUUAUUAUUAUGAAGAAGAAUGGGAUACCUCUGUGUUCCAGUAAAAUUCUGUGACUGAAACCAAUAUGGGUGUUUAAAAAACUACCAUACAGCUUAGUGUGUUUGUUAGUUCUCUGAAAAAAACUACUAUUGUGAUCUUAAAAGGGAACGAAAUAUACCGUAGGCUAAAACCAAGGCUUCACCAUUCUAGUAUGUAAAGCUGUCAUACAGCUUCUUUUCCCCUUUAAAAUGCCCAGUUGCUUUAGUGAUAUUAAUACACCUCCCAGUUAAGUAAUGUUUAAGUUAAAAAAAAAAAAUCAUGUAGUAUUAAUUAAAAUUUUUCAUUAUGUCUGAUUAAUUGCUCUAUUAAAAUAAGGGCAUUUUAAAGACCCAGUAUGACUAUUUCAAUAAUGAAAAAUCUAGGGUAAAGCUGAUCAAUCUGAAAUUUUAGGAAUAGAAAUUUGCAUGGGAUUUUGAGAGUGAAAUGCCGCCUGAUUUCACAUCAGUGACAGUGUUUGGACCAUCAUGAAAAAGCUUUGUUUUUUAUGUGGACAACCCAGCUGAGCCACUUUGUCUCUUCUGUGGGAUUCUGACUGGGCAGGAAACCUGAACAGGGCUGGCUUCACAGCCGUUGCACCUGUCUCACCACCAGGGCCCCGUGCUUGGUUCGAUGCUCUGCUGUUGCCAUCUUGAAAUUCUUAAUAAUGUUUAAAGAGAGGCCCUGCAUUUUCACUUUGCACUGGGCCCCCCAAAGUAUGUGUGUCUCCUAACAGGAUAUGUAUUGUAUUUUCUUGCUCAAACAUCAUUCUCUCUGAAAGCAAAAAAGAGGCACUGACAUGGAGGGAAGAGAAGGAGGCUUGCUGGAGCGAAGAGAUCACGUGGGGUUUCCCAUUCUUGGGGACGUCUGUACCACGAGGGGUGGAGGGGGCUCUGCUGCCACCUUGGCGGGCAAGGGAGAUACGCCUUGUGUUUACUCAGCUUUAAAACGCUCACAGUUCUGGCUCUAUCACAGUUGAACAAAUGCUUUCUUGCUCAUUCUAAGACCGGGGUGUUGGUAAAAGCGACUGACCGGGGUGAAUUUAAAACGCAUUUAUAAAAAUGCUCGUAGGAAGAGAUGCUUUCUAGAGAAAUUGCAAUCAGUGGCUAAAGAGUUUUUUGUUUCAUGCACUUACUAAGGUUAGGAGACCUGCGGCUUGAAUUGUUUGAAUUCUAAGGACCAUAAUGUUAUUUAAUGAGGAGUAGCAUGAAUCUUGUCCUUCAAGAUAACCCAGUAAGUUAAGAGAAAGGUUAAAGACUCAGUACAUAGAAAAUGGUACUAGCAUAGAAUUAUAGUUUCUCUUGUAUCACAUGUCAACAGAAAUAAUGAGGAGCUCACAAGCCGAGAGAUGGAAAACGAGAUUACUAUUUAUCGAUAACAUCAUUUUCAUCUGUAAUUCAGUAUUGGGAUAUAUUUUUCUUUUAAUUUCUAAUGACUUCAAGGACACCAAGUUUUUUCAACUAUUCAAAGGUUUGAUUAAACAGUUUUAUACCACAGUAUUAGACAUAAUACUAUACAGUUAGUCCUUGGAUGUAUAUCAACACUGUUAGAGUAAAACAGUAAAAAUGCCCUAUAUAGAUCUUCCAAGAAACCUGAUUUUAAUUAGAUUAUAUCAAUGAAGAUUACUGGAAUGCAUUUUAUGUUUUUUGUAUUUUAAUCACUUGAGUUAACUCUUGGCAAAUCCCAUUUGAUAAGGAUAAGCAUUGUAAAGAAUAAAUACUAUAGUAGAUCUCUAGAAAUUCAUCACAUAUAAGAUCUUUUAAAACACAGUAAUAGCCGUAUGUUCUUCCUAAGGUAGUCUUUCCCCUAUGUGAAUUACAGCACUUAAAAUUCUAAAUCAGUAACUUUUGAUCUAGGAAAUUGAAAAAAACAUUAAGUUCUAAAGCAAAAUAUUUUCUUGAAAGUACUAUUUCACAUUUACAUAGACCAUAGAUACUUUUGAGGUUGUUUCACCUGAGUGGAAGUUGAGUUUGGAAGCAGGUGCUCUGUGGGUGUUGAGCAUGUAGAUUUUAUUACGAAAGUCCUUUACCACCUGUUUGAGUAACUCGAGCACACAGAUGUUGUGGCUCUUCAGAGCUAGUCAGAACAGUAAUCAAAUUAGUUUUUAAACCUAGACUCUUCAGUACCUUUGAAUUAACUCAAUUUAAAAUAACAAGAAAUUUAAAAAUACUUAUAAACUAUCUUGGAGAAAUGAGUGCUCUUUUUGAGUUUUUUUUUUAAUUGAAAGAUUAUUUCUAGAUGAAUGUAUGCUUUGAGUUCAUCUCUGCUUCAAUAUAUUUACCAAUCAUUUUAAUUAGAGAAGAUACUGUGUGAUAGAACUAAGGCCUUUUCUUUUUGGGCCAGGUUUUCACCUUAUAUAGCCCUUUGUAUACUUCUGAGUGCUCUCUGUUCCUAUUAUAAGAGAGUAGGCUUAUAAAAUAGAAGUUUCAGUAACAUAACUGAAAUUCACCUUGUCCAGCCGGCAUGGCAGCUUCACAUUGGGCAGUGGCAGAAAACCGAACAGUUGGAUAAAUUGAACUUCCAAGACAGCUAAACUUUUCAAUUGCAAUUUUAAAAACUACACUACACUGACAUAAUUAGAAAAAAAAUUUCCUCAAGAGUACUUUAUUUUAUUUAAAGCAUCUGUUUAAUUCAAUCUUUAAUAAUUUUGCUAAGAAGGGUAUGUGUGUAUUUUAAUAUAGCCUGACCUGAAUUUAUAUGUUUUUAGUUUUAGUAUUUAACAUUUUGUAACAAAU